AUGAAGGUCUACACUGAUAUUUUCACCCGUGAUGAAUUGUUCUCUGAUUCUUUCCCAAUGAAGGUUGAAUAUGAAGGAUUCAUUUACAAUGUUUCCUCCAAGUUCAUGGUUAAAGAUGAAGAUGAGGAUAUCCUCUACGAUCCAGACCAAUUCGAAAAAUUGGAAAACAAGCCAGAAAAUACCACAAAGGUUGACCAAAUUGUUGAUAGCUUCCACUUGGUUGAAAUGACUGGAAUUGAAAAGGUUAAGCAAUUGGUUGAUACCGUCGGACCAUACUUGUCCACUUUGAGAGCUAAAAUUGAAAAGGAGAGCACUGAAAAGCUCGCCAAAUUCAACGAGCAAGUCAAGAAGUUCCUCGCUGACCAAGUUGGUAAGGACAUCAAGAAUUACAAAUUCUACCAAGGCGAAUCUAACGAUAUGGACAAGUCGAUGCUCAUCUUCCAAAAGUUCAAUGAUGACGGAAAAACCUCACAAUUGUUCUUCUUUGUUGACGGUUUGAAGGAAGUUAAGAUGUAA